AUGGCGGCGGAAACCAUCGCACAAUCGCUCGACGACCUUGCGAGCGCACUCCAAACAGACCGCCUCAUCAAGCUGCACAUCGGCAAUCAAGAGCGCCCGUACAACAUCCAACAGCUCUUCCUUGUCAACUGCUCGGAGUACUUUGCGAAAGCAUUACGCGACAAUCAAUUCGCCGAGGCACGAAGUGGCACCUUCCGACUACUCGAGGAUCGCGAGGAUACCUGGAAAGUACUUCUGUACUGGAUGACACACCGCGAGUUGCCUGGUGACUAUAUCAAGAAUGAUCUCCUGCUGGCUGUUAGAUGCUGGAUACUGGGCGACAAGUACGACAUCAAGCUCUUCCAAGACGACGUGAUGCUUAUGAUGAUAAGUUACGGGGCCGAAACCUCCUCUGAUCCAACCCCGGAGAUGGUUCGUGAAGUCUUCUAUAACACACCGCCAGGUUCUAAACUGCGAGACUUCAUCACCGAGGAGAGCGUGUAUCUGUUUGAGCCGGGAGUACGAAGUGACAGACUGGGAGAUGCAGUUCUGCGGAAGAACAUCGGCGAGCUGGACGAGACUGGGUUUCUGCCACUGUACACCGAGAAGAAGAGGGAAUAUAAUGCGCAGGGAGGUGAUCCAGAUUGGUGCGACAGAUUUCGUGACGGCUGUUGGAAGCGCUACCUUCGUGGUCCUGCUGAGCGGUAUCAGGGAUGGGCAUUGGACACUGCCGACUGCAUGCGAGAAUGA